AUGUCCAUACGCUCGACCGGCUCGUCAUCGCGCAAGGCGCGUCCCGAGUCGAUGAUUGUACUUCCUGGAGGAGGCCCGAUCAUUCUGGGAAUUGCCCUGGUCGACUUCAACCACUUGGUAGGACCAAAGAUUGAGUACUCCCGGGGAGACAUCUUUGAAGACGAAGAAGUCGCCAAGAUCUUGCCCUUCCUCGCACUGCCUGAUGGCGCGCACUUGAGUGCGGAGGAUUACUCCUACUUCCACCUUGUGCCCUCUGGCCCCAAACCCACGACGGUCUUCGGUAUAUCAUGUAAUCAACAAAUCGCCGCGUCCGCCCUUCUAGUCAAGAUGCCCGACGUAGUGCGGUCAACAGUACAGAAGGCAGUCGUCGUACUUGCGUCAAAGCCGAUCUUCGGUCCCAUACGCGACAAACUUGGUGUCGUAACCACAGCGCUCUUCAACCAACGCGACUUCACCGACCUGAGCAUCCUGGACGCAUUUGGCGAGUCACUGGAAGCUUCGAUACGAAGUCAAAUGACGGAGAGCGGGCUGUUGAUGGGGACUAGCCUCCGGGAGUUGGUGCACAAGUUCCGACAACGAACCUUAGUCCUCGUGAAGACCUUGAUACUGCAAAAACGAAUAAUGUUCAGCGGCUAUCCUGUCGAGCGACUUUGCACGUAUCAAUAUUCAUUGAUAUCGCUCAUCCCUGGCUUGCUGCAAACCCUCGAGGACUGCGGCUCUCCUCCCAUCGCUGCACGCGCCCCAACUCUCUCAAAGCCAACGUCAUUGAAGACAUCCGACCGCAAGAGCAUGAUGGCGUAUCUUGGCUUCCCGCUGGAUAUCUUCGGAAAGGACUCCUUCUUCCAACCAUACAUACCCUUGCAGCAAUUGGACAUGCUGAAAGAUACCCCGACCUGGCUCUGCGGAAGCACAAACUCGAUCGUGACGCAGCAAAGUUGCGUAGACUUGCUCGUGAACACGGACACUGGGGUCUUCGAGUUUAGGAAUCCGAACCUCGAGCGGCUAGUCGCGUUGACACCUGCGGACCGGAAGUGGAUGGACGGGAUCGUGCAGGCGGUGAAUGAGAGCUGGCUGGAGUCGGAGGAGGAUCAGUUGCGAUGCUCAUCAUCUAGCAGAUUCAAAGGCAGCGAUGACUAUCUGCGUGUUCAGUUCGAGGAGUAUAUCUCGUCUAUGCUGGCAUCCUUGCGAUACCAGGACUUCGUUGCAAAGGAGGGCGCGCCGAUUGCAGCCCCGGGCACGCCUGAUGCGACACCGUGGAUGGGUACGUGUCCGUCUCUGAACAGCAGUCAUCUUUCUGACUCAAUCAAAUUAGACUUCAACCCUCUCUGGUUGCAGGAGUUCAGGGGAACGAAUGCGUAUGAGUUAUGGGAACGUACGACUGACUCUUCUUUGUUUGACAUCGUCGAGCCAAGACAUCCCUGUGUCGACAAGCCGUCUGUUGUCGCCGACAUCGGUUUGCGACUGUCGGAGGGCAUUCAAGAAAUGAAACUCGACCAACAACUUGCCCCCGCACGAGAGGCCGUCACACGCACCCUCGCUAGCUCGUCAACGAACUUCUUGAACGCUGUGGCGGGCGUUCGCGAGCGCUGGAACGCACGACCCUCCGCGCCGCCGUCACCCAAUCCCGGUGCCAGCUCGUCGGACCUCAACGCUACGCCGGAAGAAGUCACGAAGGAGGAAGCGGAGGGGAGCGAUGCGCGACCACCGCUGGCGAACCGCACGUCGAGCUCGUCGUCGACGGGCACUCGGACGAGCCUGAGCGGCUGGGGCGCGUUCUUGUCGUCAAAGGCGCCCAGAUUCUCGUUUGGGAAGGGCCAGGAGGGGGCAGAGGGCCCGGCGGCGACGUCGCCAACGGGUCCGGAUGGCGAGCCGACGGCGGUCGACUUGGUGCAGAGUCCGACGAAGGAGACGAGCAAGGGCUCCGUGGAUAUCAAGUCGCCGGUGAGCGGGCGGUUCUCGUUCUUCACAAGAGCAAGCUCGACGAGCUCGGCGGCGUCGGUGAAGAGCACCUCAUCGAUGGACGCGGUGAAGAGCGUGGCGUCUGUGGAUGCGGCGGCCAGGCCUCUCUCGCCUCCUUCCAGCAGUCCUGCGUCGCCCGCGACACCGGUGGCCUCGUUGCCUACGGAUAAGGCGGACGUCAAGAUUGAGACCGAGCCUGCGAAGGUCGACACGCCAAAGCCCGCGCACGACGGUCAGGCAGCGUACGACGACAUCAAGCCGGUUCAAGACGACGUCAAGCCUGUCCACGGCGACAGCAAGGCGGACACGAAGCACGAUGUUGAGGACGAGGAGGAGGGCGCGUACACGGGGAUGGCUAUGUGA